GGGGCAGUCUCACUGUAAGGGCCAGACUGUACUGGAACACAGAGCAGCCUGCUGCUGCAACUGGGGCUGAUCUCCAUCUCAGGACACAGCCAAAACCUGAAGGAAUGUGAGUGCAGAGUCGCCCACAGGGCAGUGAAGAGACUGAUGAAGGAGGCUUAAUUUGAAACUGGGUAUGGGAAACAAUGUGCGACAGAAGGAGAAAGGGCUGAGGGACUGAUCGAGCGAGAAGAAAGGAUCAGAUUGAUUUUUACUGGAGAUGAAGCAAGGAUCUGGAAGAUCAUUCAUCUGUUACAUUGAAAUUGCCAAUGUCAGAAUGAAAAGCUUGUUAUUGUCUCCAUUGUAUGAGAAGGGGAUCACAAGCUCCAGUCAGGGCAUAAAGGUUUAUGUGCCUUUCUUGAACAGUAUUAGAAGGCUGGUUGAGUUUAGUGCCACUGUGUUUUACUCACUGUGUCCUGUAUAUUCUCUCAGCGCGCUGCAAGGAAUAUAGACCUUAUUUAACCGUGAGGUCUGACUUAUUUAAUUCCUGCAGUGAGUUCAAGUCCGGGUCUGGAGAUGUAUGCUUUUUACUCCCUGCUCGUCUAUAUUUUCUACACCCUCUUCAAGAAGGAGGAGACAUCGCAGGAGGAGGCAGGGCCUGUGCUGCAGGGUGGAGUUCCUACACAGACUCCUCAGGCUGCUGGCAGUGUUUCCAUGGAAACAAGGAGCAGGAGAAGAAAAGAUGGCGCUGCUCCAUGUCUCCAAAAGGAGCGAGGUGCCAGUCUGACAGACUCAGACAGCAGCAUCUCUGAGAGUGAUAGUCUUUCUCUCAGUGAGGAAGAGGAGUGCUGUGACGAAGGCUUCGAGGGCAGCGCAACCUCCCCUCUUGAUGCUUUCCUUUGUUUUAGACGGGAAUCAGAAGAGAGGAGGGAUUCACAGACACAGCAUGAGAGGAGCAGCAUAACGGCUGGAGAGUCCCCGCUGCUCACAGUGAUGUCCCACCUGCUGAACUUCCUGGAGCAGUACUCCCACAUGCAGCGGCUGCAGGAGCGGGCGGAGCAGCACCGCCUGCAGCUGCGGCGCCACAGGGCCCGGCACCGCCGCAGGCUGCGGGCCCUGCGCGCCGCCUACCGCCAGAGGCUGAGAGACCAGGGCAGCGUCAUCGGCAGCCUGGAGGGAGCGAUCGCCGAGCAGCAGAGCCUCCUGGAGGCCACGCAGCCCAGGGGAGAGUGUGUGUCUGCUCCUUGCUCUGGCCCUGCCAUGCUGAGCCCACGAGCCCAGGACGGCCUUCACCAGCUGGUACAGUCUCUGCGUCGCCUGCAGGGGGAGAGGAGCAGCCUACAGGGGGAGCUACAGAGUCUGCAAAGGCAGCUGGAGCAGAGGGAAAAAGACAGGCAGCACAUAGCCAAGGACUUCCAGCAGGAGAUUGAGGACUUGAAGCAGCGUAUUGAGGAGAGAGAAGAGGAGCUGACUCGGCUGAGAACAGAGACAGGAGUGACGGAUUCAGAGAAACGAGCCCUUUAUCUCUCAGCUGAGAAUGAGAGUCUGAAGCAGAGCCUCAGCAUGACUCAGGGCCUCUUACAGCAGCUUUCCCUCCUGCCUGCUCAAUCCAGCACUGCGCUCAUCAAGGAAAACGAGUCUCUGCGGAGCCGGGUUCAGCAGCUGGAGAGCUCUCUGCAGCUCCGGGCCGAGCAGCUGGCUCACUUGGAGAGAGAGGCGGAGCAGACCGAGUGGAGGAGGAAAGAGGAGCUGCAUCGCCGAGAGGACAGGGUGAGGGAGCUGCAGCUGGAGCUGGACAAGGAGAGGAGCAGAGGGCCCAAGAUCAAGUAUGUCACGCAGACUGUGGAGGUGGACUCACCUGGAACUCUCAGGCUGCUGGCCGAGACGAGAGAGAGGAAUGAGCACCUGACGGAGAAGCUGUCCAGCCAGAAUGAAAAAUACAGGGAACUGGAGGGGCAGCUCAGGGAUUCUGAAGAAAUUUCUGCCAGCCUGCAGAAAAAGAUUGUGGCUUACGAGUCUGAGAUCGGGAGGCUGGGGCAGCAGCUGCUGACAGAGAUCGGGCACCUGGAGGCCAGGAAGGAGGAGGCAGUGAGAGAGGCCGCGGAGUGUUCAGAGCAGCACCUUCAGCACCUGCGGGAGCAGUUCACAGGUCUGCAGAGCCGCCUGUCAGCGCUGCAGCCUGCGCUCCGCACGGUGAAGGCCAACUACAGCAGCCUGCGCAGUCAGGUCCGGAGCUUCUCCGACUUCUAUGGUGCCGCUAUCAGUGAGGCAAAGAAACAGCUGUGCAGCGCAAUCACUGAGGUGUCUGAGGCCAAUAAAGAUAUUCUGGAGAAAUACAGGAAGGAAGUGGCGUUGCGUAGAAAGUACCAUGAGCAACUGGUGGAACUCAAAGGCAAUAUUCGUGUCCUGUGCCGCGUGAAGCCUGUUCUGGUGGAAGACCAGCAGGAGGAAGGACAAACGACUGUGGUGACAACCGACCCCAAUAAUGAAUCAGCUGUCAUUGUCCGAAGCAAAGGCCGGGAACGUACAUUCGAGCUGGACAAGGUUUUUCAGCCUCAGGCUACACAGGAUGAGGUGUUUCAGGAGAUUGAGCCUCUGGUAACUUCCUGCAUCGAUGGCUACAAUGUUUGCAUUUUUGCCUAUGGGCAGACUGGCUCUGGGAAAACCUACACAAUGGAGAUAUUAGCUUUGGGCCGGAAGAACAGGAUAACCUACAGCACUAAGAUGAACCAGCACAGCUCUCGCUCACAUGCCCUGCUCACUGUCACUGUCACUGGCACGGACCUGGCAAACGGGGCCAAGACCACUGGGAAGCUGAACCUGGUGGACCUGGCGGGUUCAGAGCGCGUGUGGAAGUCUGGGGCUGAAGGUGAGAGACUCAAGGAAGCCCAGAACAUCAACCGCUCCCUGCUGGCUCUGGGGGACGUCAUCCAGGCUCUGAGGGGCAAGCAGACCCACAUUCCCUUCAGAAACUCCAGACUUACUUACCUGCUGCAAGAUUCUCUCGGCAAAGGCAACAAGACUGUGAUGGUGGUACAGAUCUCCCCACUGGAGAGGAAUGUCGAGGAGACCAUGUGCUCUCUGAAGUUUGCACAGAGGGUUUGUAAGGUGGAGCUCGGCCCUGCAUCGCGGAAAAUCGAGCCCGCAGGGCACUGCGAGUUUUUCUCCUAAAUUACACUGACAAACCAAAACAGUAACAGCACCUCCAAGCCAGCUUGUGAAGCUAAUGGCUGGAUCCACAACAUCACAAGGGCUAAGAUUAAAAUCAAGGGCUCCAAUGUGAUUACCAACCUGCAAUCCAACCACUAGAGGCUCAGCAGGAACAUCCUUGCAGUGCUUCAGUCAGCUUUGUUUUAACUGAUUUGUAAACUGGCAACUUUUCUCUGACAAACUUGACACAGUUUAAAAUAUACUCAGGGAUUAAUCUCUGGCUCAGUGGUUUAGACCAGGAGAAUAUUUGGGUUUAGGUGAUGUGGUGUCUCUUGAGAGAGGUUCAGGAAUCAGAAUUACAAGCUGGCUGAAAAUACUGGACCUACAUAAGUGAAACUUUCAAAGCUUUUGAAACUGGCACUUAUGGGAGUGCCUCAGUUCACAGAAACAGCAUUCCUGAUAUCUGCAAGGUAAUGCUUAAUGUUUCUAAUAUCAGUUGUGUUUCUUUCAAUUAAAACGUAGAUGAGACUGGUGCCGGCAUUGAAAAAUUUGCAAGUGCAUAUGUAAUAUUAACAGAGGAAUCAGAAUUUCUUAGAAACUAUAAACCCCGUCAUUGUAGUUUUUUAUCCAGUUGUGCUCAAGAAAUUAAUGUCUUACAUUAGCCACCGAUAAACAUUUCUAGCACAACCAUCGGGUUCUGCUGUAUGACUUGAAAAUUUCACGUACAUUUUUUAUAUGUGAAAAAGGGAGAUUAAACUGAUUCAGGUAAUCACAGAGCAACGUAGUUAGCCUAACAUCUGUCACUUGUAAAAAGAGGAAUACUAAAAAAUCCACCCUGAUUCUGGACCUCAAGGGCUAGAGCUGUGGACGCAUGUUUAACUCUGAACAUUCUACUGGUAGCAGCUGGUCAUAUUUGGCAUCUUUGUUUAAAUGUCAAUAAAAUUAAGAUGUACAGUAUAAAGGAGGCACAGCUCCAACAGUACAUUUAAAGCAUAGUCUUCAUAAAUGGUAAAGGAGGAUUUUCAGAGCUUUUCACUCUGCACAAUGCUUCCUAAGCUAAUGCAAGGGUAAUUCUAAAUGUUUUAUGGAGCAAACUUAAAAAAGUCAAGGAAUGAAAAGGAGCAAUAUAAAUAUUUAUAUUAAAUUUAGUCGGAACCUGAAACAUAUUUUUUGGUCAAAUUUACCCCUGGGUAAAAAAAAAGGUUUUACAAUUGCACUGCGAGUAUAAAUAAAUGUUUCUCAUUGUUAAUAAUUUAUGCCAUUGUUCAUUAUGAAGUUUUCCAAUAUGCUUAUUUAGUAGUCGUAAGUGUUAGACUUAAUUGUAACUUAUGGACUUAGGUUUAGAAUUGGCCACUAUUUUAAUAUUUGCCAUUAUGUAAGGUGCAUAGCAGAGCAAUUUAAGGAAUAUUCCCCAGAUAGCUGAGACUGUUGAGGGCUCUUGCUCUACAAGAAUCUUGUUUUUGUAGUCAGUUCAGUGACUUGAACUUCUGCCUUAGCUUAGCAUCUAGCUUAGUUCAGCUGAAUUAGUAUAAGAAGCCAUUCUCAGGCUAAAUUCCAACAGAGCUAGAUGUUAAAGCUCAGUGAAGAGAUGGGGUGGGGAGAGUAGUGCAGCUGUUUCUCAGGGCUAUAGAAGAGGGCACUUUGUUUAGCAUGAUACCCUAAAACUAAGCCACAUAAGCUGCUAGAUUCUGUGGGUUUAAAUUGUGUUUGUUUAGUCUCUGAAAAAGUGUCAUAAUACAAGAGUAAUGCAGACAUUAAAUAAGAAUGAGAGCAAUAAAAUGUCUGACAGAUUCGAAAAUCAAUGGAAAUUUGUUAAUGUACUGCAAAUGGAAAUGGAGCAUCAGAAUGCUAUACAAUACACCACAGUCUGUGCAUUCCACAUUGCACAAGCUCUGCUCUUAAUUUUUCAAACCAAAUUUCAUUUCACUUACAACUGUCUAAAUUCGAUUCUAUACAAUUGUCUGCUUUGACUGCUUUGCUUACUUUUUCAGGCACGAUAAAAUAAUUAUACUAAUACUUAUUUUUAACAGUCUGCUUUACUCCAUUCUUCAUUUCUCACACUUUAAAGCUCUGCAUGAAUCACACACCUAAAAGAAGUCUCCAAAGACAAAUGCAAUUGUUGGUAUAUUUCAAUAUUAUGACUGUCUUUCUGUAGGUAACUCAGCUUUAGUGCAUGAAAAUUAGUUGACAUUUCAAUUAUUGCUGAAAAAAUUAAAAAAAAUCUAGCAUUUCACUAACACAAUGUAGAGGUAUUAUUAUAAUUGGUUUAUGAAUGAGAUAAAUAUCUCCCAGACUAUCAAACUGUAGCUAGCUUUGACAUUCUUAGCUUCAAGAGUCAACAAACUGAGCUAAAAUACAUUCUAUUGAAUCUUGAGGUUCCAGUAAAAUUGAAGAAGUAACUCAUUAUUCACAUCACUGAGUAUGUACAAAUAAAUAUUUAAUGGUGCUUAAUCUCAAAACCCAUGCAAAAAAUAAACUCAUUAGUAUGAACAUUUGCAUGUAUUAGUAACAAUCUAAGUAACUACUUAACAAUAUGUUACCAAAUCCUUAUGAAUUAUAAACCAAUGUCUAACAAUUUAUUUUUUACAUAAAUGACUGUGAUGAAUGUUGAUUUGGACUUUGUUAUAGUGUCCUAUAUGAGGGCAAAUUGUAUCAUGAAGGCAGGAUACAGUGGGAAAUAUUGUGUAAAUAUGUAUUGAAUAAAAUCAUGGCAAUACAA